GAAGAAGAAGUGAGGUUAUUAAGUUGUUUACAGGGCUAUAGAAUAUUUUUUGUUAUAGAGCAAUUCUCUAAUAUCAUGGAUUUAUCUAAAAUAAGUGAUAUAAAGAUAUCAACAUUUAUAAAUCCACAUUUGUUUUGGAUAAUUAUUCAGAAUGAAGAAAAUGCAAUAAAUUUUUGUAGCUUAAAUAAAGAAAUGAAAGAAUGUGUAACUAUAACAAAUGAUUUUGAUAGUACUUCAAACUAUUUUAAAAAAGGAGAGAUUGUUGCCGCUCAAAUCAAUAACAAAUUAUAUAGGGCCAUUAUUGAAGACAUAAUACCUAAAAAUUCCUGGAAAAUUACAUAUAUUUUAUGGUUAGUUGAUCUAGGAACUAUGAAAGAAGCGAAUUAUGUUUUUAAUCUUCCAACUAAUCUAAGAAAAACACCCCAUUUUGCCUUACAGGCCAGUUUAAACAAUGUUAAAUAUGUGAAUCAAAUUUUAGAAUAUAAUUCUUAUGGUGAACUUGUUAAAAUUAACAAGGGUGUAUUGAAUCCGACACCUAGCUCUCGACAAGAAGCCAUGAAUUUCUUUUUGACUGGUCAUAAUUUCAAAUUCAGUUUGGAAAAGGAGGAAGAUGGAAUUCUAUUCGGAGAUAUUCUUUUCAAAAAUAAGGAAAACAAACAGGUUUCUCUUAGAGAUUGCUUAUAUAAUACUGGAGCUAUUGUUAAAGAACCAAUUGAAGGUGUCACAGAUUUUAUAAACAACUACAAAGAAAGGAAUCUCACUGUUAUUUCUAAAAUAUGUCAAAGUGAACCGCAACUUUUUGAAAAUAAAAUAUAUGAAAGUGUUGGGAUAACUUGUAAAACUAUCGUAACUAAAAUUCUUGAAGAAUUUCAAUGUAGCGACACAUUAACCUAUGUCGAUAAAGAAGCUGAGCCUUUGUGCAGCAUCAGUGAUUCAAAAAAUUUUAACACUUCAUUAGAUCAUCCCUUGCCGGAUAAUCAAUCCCCUAGUGUAAAAAAAUUGAGGAUAUUUCAAGUGAUAGAGAAAUUGAGGGGUCAAAAAAACGUUUCAAAAUUGAAUCAGAGUACCACUUCUGAUGCCACUGUGGAUACAAUUGAAGAUCAAUCCAAAAAUAAGAAUGCCAUUGAAUCUGCUUCUAAUUACACUGAGAAUAAAACUGUUGAUCAAUUAACAGACAAAGAUGUCGCCCAAUCUACUUCAAAGAUGAAUGAAUUGAUGAAGAAGAUGAGAAAAAAUCGAAGAGCUUCAAAGUUGAAUCAAACCUUCACUUCUGAUACCACUGAAAAUGAAAUUGAUGAUAAAUCAAGAGACAUCAAAUCUGCUUCAAAUAGAAAUCAAUUGUGUGGAAAAGAAAAGGAUAUCGAAAAAGGGAAAUGGAAAUAUGAAUUAGAUUUAGUGAUGGAAGGAAAAAUAAUUCUUGGACCAGCAGGUUCUGAACGAACUUUAGCUAACAAAAGAAAUAAACAUAAAAAGAAUCCAAGUUCCCCAAAAAUAAAAAUAAAUAAAAAUUAUAUUGGUACGAACAAGUCUCCUAAAAAAAUGGUUUGUUCAGAUAAUAAUUCAAAAAUAAUCGAACUAUCUUCAAAGGAAGAAUUGAAACUAGAAUAUGUCCAAAGUAAUUCUUCAGAAGCAGAAGCUUCUAUCAAUGAAAAAAAUAAGAGAAUGAAGGAACAACGCUCAGAAGAUUCUUCGAAUAGUACCAGAUGCUCUGAAAGGAAAUUUCAUGAAAUCAAAGAGAUUACAAUAUCUCCUAUUACUCCUAAAAGGUUUUCAAGAUUACUGUCGAAGAAACAAUUAACUGGUUUCAAAAGUAAUUCAUCAGAUAAAGGAUCUUUUAGUGAAAAGAAUAUUGAUCCUACUCCAAUGGUUACUGGAAUGAAGGAACAAAGCUCAGAUGACUCUCCAAGUAGUAGAAGAUCCUCUGAGGAGACAUUUAACGAAGUUGAAAGGGCUACAUCUCCUUUUUGUUCUGAAAGUAAUUCAUCACAUGAAAGUUCUUUGGGCAGUGAACAGAAUGUGGAUUGUAGUCUAAAGGUUACUAGAACGAAGGAACAAAGCUCUGAUGACUCUUUUAGCAAUAAAGGAUGUUCUGAGAGAAAAUUUAAUGAAGUUGAAGGGGCUACAGCACCUCCUAUCCACCCAGAAAGUUCUCCAAAAGUACUUGAACAAUGGUCAAAGAAACUAACAACAGGUGUCAAAAGCAAUUCUCCAAAUGAAAGUUCUUUUAGUGAACAAAAAGUGGAUCCUACCCUAAAGGUAACUAGAAUGAAGGAACAAAGUUCAGACGACUCUUCGAAUAGUAUAAAAUGGUCUGAAAGGAAAUGUAAUGAAGUUAAUAAUGCUACAACAUCUUAUAUUCACCUAGAAACUUCUCCAAAAGUAAUUGAUAAACCAUCAAAGGAAGCAUUAACAAGUUUUGGUAGCAAUUUUUCUUCUGAUGAAGGUUAUUUACAAGAACAGAAUGUGAAUCCUUAUAUUGACUCUUUUAAUGGACAAAAAUACCCUAAUAAAUGCAGUAAGGAUGUAAUAUCUUUGAUUCAUUCCGAAAGUAUCUCAAAAACAGUUGAACAAUCAGAAGAACCGAAUCUAACAGAUGCCGAUUGUAGUUCUUCAAAGGAAGAUGGUUCUUUAACAGAUUGUAAUAUUCCAAGUUCAGAUUUUCAACAUCUCCAGCCAGUUCAACCUUUAAAAAUAAAACCGCAUUGUAACUGUAAACAAUGCACUAUUUGGACUAAGGAAGAGGAUAUUUCUCUAGAAAAUAUGGAUACUACCUCAAAGGUAGCCAAAAUAAAGGGAACCAGAACAAAUUUAUUAUUCAAAGAAAAUGAAACAGUCGAUUCUGUUUUGAACAUCAAUUCCGUUGAUUAUGCUUUCAUGAAUAAGGUUGAAAAGCAGUCUACACAAAAAGUUUUGGUACACAGCGAACUAAUGAUAAAUCCAGUUCAUCAAAUCCCCAAACUCACUUUUCACAGAGACAUCCACAUCAGUUUAUACGAUCUUCAAUACAGACAAGCGAGACGUAUUCAGAUUUACACCUGGUCCGCUAUCUUACGUAACCAACAUGUGUUCAUGAUACACGGACCUAGAACUGGUAAAUCUAUGGCUUACAUGCCUUGUAUGUUGACCUUCAUUUUGGAAAAGCAUGACAGAUAUGCUACUCUGCUGAAAGUCUCUGGAGGUCCUAUAGUUAUUAUAUUGUGUAGAAACACGGAUAAAUGCGAACAAUUGUCGGAUUUGGCAAAAUUAUUGAUGCAGAACAAAAAAUGUAACAUUUCUUUAGUGACUUAUCCACUGGGACAUGUUAAUACUAGCCACACAGAUAUGUUAAUAACAACUCCAGACAUCUUAAUUGACUUGCUGAGGAACAAUUCCAUCAAUUUCAAAAGGUUGUGCCACUUGGUUAUCGAAGAUGGUGAUACUCUUCUAACGAAAUACAAAGAAGCAAUGGAUGCUAUAUUUGAAUUGUGUCAAUCGAUGUUGAGGAACCGAUUAUUUUCGAAAUCUUUACAAUUGGUGGUGUGCUCUGAGCAUUGGACUUCUCAUAUGAAACACCUGAUAAAAAAACUGUAUCAAGUACCGCUGAUUUGUAUUGGAAAUCCUUUGGAAGCGGCUUUUUACGGACAAGUGGAGAUAUCCAUGAAAUUUAAGGAUGCAGCUCUUAAGGAACAAGAAUUAGAAAAUAUAUUGAAAGAGGAUCACAGAAUUUACAGAACCAUAGUCAUUUGCGAGGAACAUGAAAUGGAUGAAAUUGUUAAAAUGCUAGGUUUUAGAGGAAUUGAUUAUAUAGCAGUACCUUCAUCUUUGGGUGCCGAAGAUAUAUUGCAUUUGGAAGUUGUUUGGAAAAGUGCCAAAGGGGGAUCGUAUUCAGUAUUGAUCUGCAGCGAUUUCGUUUUAAAUACUUUUUUAAAUAUAACUUGUGCAGAAGUUUUGAUACAUUACUCUCUACCAAGCACUUGGACGAAAUUCAUUAAACGUUUUAUUUGUUUACUUGAAAAUUGCAAGAGUCCUUUGGUCACCAAAUCGGUUAAAUAUUUUGCGAAAACUAUAAUAAUGUAUGAUGGGAUUCGUAAUGAACCUCUAAAGAAGUUUCUGAACUACGUGGCGUCUACGGACUUGAAGAAACAUAUACCAUUAACAUUGCAAAAAUAUUCAGAAAAUUUAAAAAAAGCAGAAGAAGAAGAAAAAUUAAAAGAAGACAUUUGCUUGUGUGCGAACCUGAAACUUUUUGGAUAUUGUAAAAAAAUUGAAUGUCCCCAAAGGCACAUUCUUAAUUCUGAUUCGGACGUUUCUCAACAUUUUCCAAAAUCCGGCAAAAUAAAAUUCAAAAUUGUUAAUAUCAUCGACGUUUCCGUCUUUACUAUAAAGUUACUUCAACACGUCGAUAACGACAAUAAAAUCCACGAGUACGACGAAACUUCGAAUAUUACCGAAGAUUUGAGUACUUCCCUUAAAUUGGGAAAGAAGAAAGUAUCUGAUCCCGUUUUGGGUAAACGUUACGCUUUUCACAACAUCGAUGAACAAGAUCCGAAUUACUAUAGAUGCGAAGUUUUGAAUAUCGAUAAGGAAAAUGUUAAAAUCAAUUUGUUAGAUAAAGGGACUGUUAUAAACAGUACAGUGACUAGACUGUUCUACUUACCAAAGGAAUUUGAUAUUCAUGUCAAACCGAGACAAACUAUUGAUUGUUACCUAGCAAACUGUAUACCUCCAUACAGGGACGAAAACUACUCGGCUAAAUCAUUCUUCAACGUCAAAGUGAUGUUAGAGAGUAAAGACUAUAAAAACAUCAUUUUCACCGGAGACAUUCGUUUACAACUCAAUAAUACUUUAUGGUUAAAAGAUGUAUACGAAGAAAUUGUUCUUUCGGAUGUUAUAAUACCAAGAUUUCAAUUAUCUCGCGAAAUAAUAAUACAGAAAGUAGUCGAAAAUAAAUCCAAUCAAUUAGAUAGUUUGUAUAAAUUGUGCGCCGAAUUUGGAAUAGAUCUUCCUAAAUAUGAUACGCCGAUCGUUAAAGUUCCCGUUAAGAAACGAAAUGUUGAAAAAAAUUGGGCUUAUUUGGAUACGGAACGAAUAAACGAAGUCACUUUUACCAGCGCUUUUUCCCCGGACGAAAUCUACGUGAAGUUGAACAAAUUCAACAAUUUGUUAAAUAAUUUGCAAAAAGAAAUCCAACGGAGCAUCGAAAUGCCAAACUAUCCAAAAAUUCGAGAAGUUACAGUAGGCGAUGUCUACCUAGCGAAAGAUCCGAACGGUAACGAAUAUUGUCGAGUUUUAGCUCUUAAAAUACAAGACGAUGAAGUUUUAUGUUUCUACGUCGAUUUCGGCGACGAAGCGUUAAUAAAAAUUGAAAAUUUAAAACACAUCCAAGACGUUUACAUAACGAAAUUACCUUUCCAAUGUAUAGCAUGUCGUUUGUACGGUAUACGACCGAUAUAUAAUGCUUGGGACGAAAACGUUACCGACAUGUUGUAUAACUACGCCCACGAACCCGAUACUGACAUAUUCAGACUUUUAUAUUUGAAAGUUUGUCGAAAGGAAACGUCAUCUGUUAUAACGCCUACCAAAUAUUCGGUGUUAUUAAAAGACGGUCUAUAUGAAAAGAAAACGUUAAUCAAUCAGAUAUUGAUUGAAUGCGGAACUGUUUUGGCGAAUCCCGACGAGAUUUUGGAAGAUUUCGAAAUUCCCGCACCACAACAAGAUCCACCUGAAUUGGACGAACAUCUUGAGGAAGCUGCUUAUAUUUGUAGAAAAACAGAAGAAUUGGAUCGAUGCUUUGAAGCGAACGCUGGUGGUUUUGAUUCCACUACUGAUCAAUCAGGAAACAAGAAAGGAGAUAACAAUUCAGAUGAUUUGGAACUGUUCACUUUUGGAGAUCCUAUUGAUUUCUUGAUAAAUGUUGUAACUAGUAACGAAACAUCCCCAACUGACCGAAUAAGGGAAUUACCUUCUAUAACAGCAGCUCCUAGUACAGAUUACUGUACCCCAGAUGUUUAUUGGUCUCAGACUGAAUCUACAGUUAAAUUGAGUAUUAGAUUGGCUGAUAUUAAAGAUUACAAACUUACUUUAACUAAAGGCAGGAUGUUUGAUUUUAAGACGAUUUAUAAAGAUAAAACUUAUUGUUUAAAGUUGAUUUUAUACAGACUGAUAGAAACCAUACAACACACUUCAUUAGGACCUGAAAUAAGGGUUGUUAUGACUAAAUCGACGACUACGAAUUGGCCAAGAUUAAUUUUAUCCAAACAGAAAUCUAGAAAUAUCCAUUACGACGUAAAUAAAUUGUCAAUAGAAGAAAACGAAGGAAAUAAGAUUUUACAGCUCCCGAAAGAAUUUAGUGACUGUUUUGAUGAGCUUAACGAAGAAGAUCCAAUGUAUACUGUUUAUUCGGAUUUAGAUAGUGAUUUAGAUGAAGAACUUGAGAAUGAUUCAGAUUAGAAGUGACUUUUUCUGAUUAUCAUUUUUAUAAAAUGUUUAUUUAUGCCUUUUUUCGGCACAUUUCGUUCUAACUUUUAUUGUUUAUUUUGACAAGAGACUGUUAAUUUUUUUUGUAGAUAGGCUUUAAAACAUGAAAAUUUUUGUAAAAAUAAAGUUAUCCUGUAAAAAUUUCAUGCUUUAAGUAGCUCUGAAGAUUGUAGAAAAAAUAUUUUAUAUCAAUUUCUCAAUGGGGUUACUUAAAAACUUGCUUUUAACAGUUUUAAGUUAUACAAACAAGAUGAAAAUGUAUUAAAUUACACAAUAGACAUCAAUACAAACAAAAAUUACACUUGCUACAUUCUAAAAAAAUAAAAUUAAUACUGAAAGUUACUGAAACGUUUUCACUGCAAUACCCUAACAUAACAAUUUUUAAUUUUAUAUAUUUAUAUUGUUUUAUUUGUAACGGAUGUUUAUUUUUAGGCAUGAUUUC